GUUCUGUCGCUCGGGGUACGAUCUCAAGGGUGAAAAAUGUCAAUUAACAGCUGCCGGAUUGUCCAGAGUUGAGUACCAGUUGGCACUCCAGUUUUGGCCAACUGAAAAAACCACAUAUGACCCAAGACUGCAGGACUGGAAAUUCAUAGAGUCAUUGGUUGUCUAUAACAUACCAUCAGUUGCAGAGGAGUACAAUAUGACCUAUUAUAUGUUUUCUGUUGAAAAGCCUGUGUACACUGACAUUGCCAAUAGUUCCAGAUUUGUCCAUGUGCCAUCCUUUGGACUGACAUUGACGUUCAGGACAAACCAAACCUGUUGUCGGGAUACAUAUGAAGAAACUAUACUGGCGUUAUUGGAGGAUAAUUGGUCGAUGGAGUAUAAUGGUUCGGAGUUUCAGUUCACGCCGUCUAAGGAUGAUCUUUAUACUUUUUCAAAGAGACAGUUAUACACGAUGCAUCCCCCGUACACCAAUCCACAGAAAGCCGAGAUGUUCGACAGCCUUACGUCGGAGUAUGUUGAAACGCCCGAAGAUUAUGUUUACUAUCCUUCUGUUUUGCCACAUUGUUCGUAUGUGUACCUCUCCGUGAAUGAAUUUAACUGGAACACUGAUGCGACUAUCACUCUUCAGUAUGUGGGUAUAACAAUUCAGUUCGAUAAAUUCAUUAAAAUGGACGAAGAAAAUAUAAUUUUAUGCGUGGACACAAUGAAAGAGUUGUAUUCAAACUACCAAGAUCCAGUCAAACUGGCUGAACAUAUUUUAACUCUAGUCUUCUCCAUUUUAUCUAUGAUCUGUUUGGCCUUGACCUUCAUCACCUACUGCACAUUCCCUUCCCUUCUCACCCUGCCCACGAAGAAUACGAUGUGUCUGGUCGGGUUUCUCUUCUUGGCUCAGUUGCUGCUUCUGUUUAAGCAACUGGCCAUCCGGGAUGAAACUGCUUGCAAAAUAAUUGGAAUUCUCAUACAUUACUUGUGGCUCACAGUUAUAUUGUGGAUGAACGUCUGUUCCUAUCACAUGUUCCAUGUCUUCGUCGUCGAUGCUGGAAAACCGAUGGGUACCCAAAGUCGUCUUCUGAAAUACUCCCUCUAUGCCAAUGGAUUGUCUCUGAUCAUUGUUCUCAUUACCAUAUUUUCAAAUCUCGGCGUUUCUUCAGGAAGCCAUAUCGGCUAUGGUGUAACCACGUGCUACCUGAAUUCGUCACUUCUUGUCGGUGUUGCUUUCGUGGCUCCUCUAGGUAUCGUUCUCCUCUUGAACAUCAUAUUCUUCAGCGUCAGUGUGUGGACGAUGGCCAAGAUCAACAAAAUGAGCGCAAGUAUUGGGGCUGAGAAGAGUCAGGUGCACAUCUACAUUAAAUUAUCCACACUGACAGGGAUCUUUUGGAUCCUGGCAAUCCUCGGUGAUGUUCUCCAGCAGCAAGUCCUCAUCUUCAUCUCCAUCGUCCUGAACGCCGGUCAAGGGAUUUUCAUCUUCAUCUCCUAUGUUGCCAACAAAAGGGUUCUUCAACUGUGGAGAGGAAAAAUUAACAAAUACAAACCUACUGCUAACAGUCAAUCGUCUGAUCAGACGAUGACUACUCAGUUGUGAAUAACGAGGGGAGAUUCUCUGAGACCCGAGAUGUAUGUAUCGGCACUAAUUAGAGUUUGUGUAGUUUACUGAAGUGAAGAAGAGGUGAGGUCAGGUGAGGUAAGGUGAGUUUAGGUGAGGUCAUAUGAAAUGUGGUUUAACGUCGCGCCCAAGA